CCUACUCUGCCUGUCAACGGUGGUAAGUCCUGCUCCAGUCUCACAGAUCUGACCUCUGUCUAACGAACAUCUAGGUGCUCGCGAACUUGCCAACCCUGAUUCCCUGGCUCUUAAGCAGGUCUUGAUCGGCCACGGUAUCCAGAACUACACAUGUUCCGCUGCCGGCGCAAAGGCCACGGCUACUGGUGCUUUGGCCGUUCUGUGGGACAUCAAGCCUCUGUUCCCCGGCUCUGGCCCUCGUGCCCUUUCUCCGGAGGACUGGAAUGCGUUGACUGUCAACGUCCUGCACAACACCGACCUGCCUCUGAACCUAGCCGGCGAUGCUAGCCACCCAUACGCGGCCGACACGGCUGCACCAUUCCCCGCGCCAGUCGAUCUGACCAUGCAGGGUGUUCAGGGCCCCAUGACCUUCGCUGGUCACCACUACUUCGACGGCUCUGUCCCUACCUUUGACAUCACUGGCACUGCCGACAAGGUUCACUUCGUGGGCAAGAAGAAUGAUGGCAUUCCCGCCCCAGCCACUGCCGACAAGGGCAUCACCGGCUCCGGUGCCGUCGACUGGCUUCAGCUCGGUGACGCUGGCACCAGCUCGGGCGCCACUCUCGCAUAUCGUGUCUUCACUGCUGGUGGCGUCGCUGCUGCCUGUACUGAGGCCGGCCAGACCGACAGCGUCCCAUACACUGCUCAGUACUGGUUCUACGGUUAAAGCGUAGCAAUCUCUAUCCUGAACUCAUUUGCCAACGAGAGUAUACGGUAUCCGAGAAGGAAAGAUGGAGUGGGAGACUUGUGAUUUACAGCAUAGCGCCACGGAGUUUCACGGGGUUUCUUAUUGUUCGGGCUUAUCUUCACUUCUUCACAUGCGGAUAUCACCACCUAAGUGGCCCAUAAUGGUUACUGGGGUCUGGGGUUCCUGCAAUUCUUAUCUUGACUUAGAGCGAACACUUCUUUCUCGUCCUUCAGCUCCGACAUGGAGCGAGAGACUGAGCCUAUUAGACAUAGCAACCAGAAAAAAUAUAAAACACAAAACAAAAAUCUUUCAUAAAAACAAA